AUGGGCACCGGCAUCGUCGCCAUCCUGUUCCAUCUCAUACCGUUUGGACAUACAUACCUGCACUACGUAUCCAUCGUCUUCUUUAUCUUCAACGUCGUUCUCUUUGCUGUAGUGCUCUCCAUGUCCAUCCUCCGGUACACGCUGUACCCCGAGAUCUGGGCCGUGAUGAUCCAGGACCCCACGAACUCACUGUUCCUCGCAACCUGUCCGAUGGGUUUUGCGACGCUGAUUGAGAUGUGGGUGUUCGUCUGCGUGCCGGCCUGGGGGGACUGGGCGAGGACAGUGGCGUGGGUGCUGUGGAUUGUCGAUGCAGUGGCGGCUGCCCACUGGUCAUUUGCUUGGCAAAAGGCUGACGAGGAUAGGAUUUCGCAAUCGUAUAUAACGUCGCUCGAACGCAUCACCGCGCUGCAACUGCUUCCCAUCGCGGCGACGAUCGUCGCGGCAGGGGCCGGGGCGGAGGUUGCUGAGAUCUUGCCAAAUCCGCAGCAUGCCAUGGGUACCGUGCUUGUCUCGUAUAUCCUCUGGGGUAUGGGCACGCCUCUCGCGAUGACCAUCUUGGUCAUAUACUACCAGCGUCUGGCGGUGCAUAAGCUGCCGUCCCGGGAGACAAUUGUCAGUUGUUUCUUGCCGCUGGGACCGUUGGGCUUCGGCGGAUUCGGGAUUCUGUAUCUUGGGAAAGUCCUGCGCAAAGUCGUCGAGAGUCACGAAGCGAUCGACCCCAUAGCGGGAUCGAUCGCGUACACCAUGGGACUGUUCAUCUCGCUGCUCAUGUGGAGUUUCGGGUUGAUAUGGCUUGUAUUUGCCCUGGCGACUAUCUAUCAUGCGUCCCCAUUCCCUUUCAAUAUGGGUUGGUGGGGAUUCACAUUUCCGCUGGGCGUGUAUGCGGCGAACACGCUCCUGCUGGGUCAGCAGCUGGAUCUGAUGUUUUUCAGAAUUUUUGGGAUGAUACUCAGCGUGGCGGUUGUCCUCCUGUGGCUGGUUGUGGCCGCCCGAACAGUGCACGGUGCAUGGCGUGGGAGUCUUUUCUACGCACCUUGUCUACAGAAUCUAAAGAACAAGGAGGAUCCAGCAGAAGCUCCAAUUCGCCAAGCAUGA